AUGAACGCUGAUUCAGGCUACUUAACAAAAGUAGGUCUUUCCACAGUUACAAUUAACGGCAACAAAAUAUUGCAAACAAUGAAAAGAAGUUCUCAAAGAAAACAACUCAAUCAUGGUUUCAUGAGAAGAAGAAGAAAUAAAAUUAAUCAGGGUAAAGUUAAGAUUUCUGUAGUCAUGCUGAGAUUCAUCAAUCUAAGCAAAGGAUAA